UCGGGGCGCUUGGUUAGGGUUACAACGGAGUUCUAAACAUCACUUGUAUGUGGGCUUUCCAGGAAAUGGAGGAAUGAGUGUGUAGCAAGCGACACAGAGGGAGGGGAAACCGAAAAGGCGUUAACUGCAAGUUCCACACAGGACGUGAGCGAGGUAUUCCAGUUCCAGCAGCAACACUUGAAACAAAAAGAUGAGUGACGAAAAUCAACCUCAAGUUGAACUUUUUGUGAAGGCAGGCAGUGAUGGCCAGAGCAUUGGCAACUGUCCGUUCUCCCAGCGCCUCUUCAUGGUGCUGUGGCUUAAAGGAGUAACGUUCAACGUCACCACCGUGGACAUGAAGAGGAAACCAGACAUCCUUAAGGACCUAGCACCUGGUGCUCAGCCCCCCUUCCUGCUCUAUGGGACGGAGGUGAAAACAGACACCAACAAGAUAGAAGAGUUCCUGGAGGAGAACCUGUCCCCUCCAAAAUACCCCCGCAUGGCUUCCAGGAACCCUGAGUCUAACACAGCCGGCCUGGACGUGUUCUCCAAGUUCUCGGCCUACAUCAAGAAUUCAAACCCCCAGCUCAAUGACAACCUAGAGAAAGGCCUGCUCAAGGCCCUGAAGAAGCUAGAUGACUACCUUGGCUCACCACUUCCUGAGGAGAUUGACGAGAAUAGUGCUGAUGAGGUCACUUCUUCCGCCCGCCCCUUCCUGGAUGGGCAGGACCUCACUCUGGCCGACUGCAACUUGCUGCCCAAGCUGAACAUUGUCAAGGUUGUGUGUCUGAAGUAUCGCACUUUCUCCGUCCCCAAGUCUCUCUCCAACCUGUGGCGGUACCUGGACGCUGCGUACGCCCGCGAGGAGUUCUCCUCUACCUGCCCCAACGACACAGAGAUACACAUCGCCUACUCAGCCGUGGCUAAAGCACUUAAGUAGGAGUAGAAGGGGAUUCCAUCAGUUUUCAUACACCAGUGAAUACAUCUUAUACACUCACCUACGCACACACUGUACAUGUGGCAGCAUAAACACACACUAAUGCGCUCACACACACAUGCACUCUCUCAGACACACAUAUUAUUCAACAGCGUAGCAAGUUGGAAACAUUUAAUUGGCCAUUUAAGAGUUUGUGAAACUGAGACUUAUAGUUUAUGGUUCCCUUUUUGUCACAUGCCGCAUCCAGUCUUAAUACCAUAUAUUCAGUGUCAGUUACACACAGUUAAAGUUCUAUACAUGGGCAGUAGGUUACAUAUCCAACUAAAGGUGUUCAGUCAUUAUGAUUAAUUCUGCACUCCAUACAUUGCCAGCUAUUAGCUUCUGUAGCUCAGUUGGUAGAGCAUGGCGCUUGUAACGCCAGGGUAGUGGGUUCGAUCCCCGGGACCACCCAUACGUAGAAUGUAUGCACACAUGACUGUAAGUCGCUUUGGAUAAAAGCGUCUGCUAAAUGGCAUAUAUUAUUAUUAUUAUUAUUAUUAGCUUCUAUCUCUUGGCCAGGCCGUAAACUGCUCUUCUGUUGUGAUUACACACACACACACACACACACACACACACACACACACACACACACACACACACACACACACACAUACCAGUUUAACUGCUACCUGCAGCUGAAAGAGAGAGGUCUGUAUAGGUGUGUCUAUAAUUAUACAUUAUUACAUAUAUAUUAUUACACUGUUGAUAUAUUGUUCAGGGCGAACCGUCUUUAACAUGGUCAGUUUGAAGCAGUCGUUUUAUACAUGCUAAAUGGUCCGAGAUUAGGUUCAGGGAAUAGGAAAGCAGGUCUUGGGCAUGUAAUAGUACAUCGGGGCACACUAUACAGAGGUGUUUCUCAGCACUGUACUGUUACCAACACAGGAAAUGAUUUCAGCAGACCUCGGCUUCCCCUUUCUCCGCCUUGUAGCGCUGUGAAGGGUUAAUCAAGUUUAUAUCCCCCCCCAUUGUAAGGUUCUUUUGCUAUUAGUAAUCGACCUCCAUUCCCCCAUUCAAAGUGAAGGAUAUUUUUAUACUAUAAAAAAAACUGUGAGAGGCUCAUAUUGCAGGACAGUUGAGUUAUUCCAGACGAAGUAAUGUGGCUAUAGUUGCUGCUUUGUGUGAACUUUAGGUUAUUAAAGUACUUGACUCUGUAUGGCCUUGAGGCGCCAAGCCGGUUCAGUCACAUGUUUCACUGUAAUCUGAGGGAAAACUACAGGAUGUAAUGCAGACGUGCACACGGCUCCUCGCAUGACUAAACCACAAACGUCACAUUCAUUAAAAAUAGAGAUGCACAUUGCAUAGAUAACUGAAAUAUUCAAAGAGAGAAUGCUACAGGAUUGUGUAUUUGUACUUUUUGAUAUGGUUACUUGAACUUGAAAAAAGAGAAGUUUGAACCUUUAGUGAGACAAAUGAAAGGUUUUACUUCAGGUCUAUCGAGCUGGGUGUUGUUUAAGUUGUUUAAACACCUUUGAACCUUUGAAGUCCUGUGCUUUGUAGUACUGAGCAAUUUGAUCUUUUUUAGGUCAUUCGUUUUCGGUUCUAUUAAUGCAAAAUAAUCACGGUUUUUAAUUUUGGUUUUGAUUCUUUUUGUUAAAUAUGAAAUGCAUUAUGAAAUAAUGACAUGAUUUUAGAGCUUUUUAAUGAAAAUUCCAAAGCCAAAAAUAGUAAACAUUGAAUUUCCAAAACAUUUAAAAUAUUCCAUUGUCUCUGAUCAGGUCCACAUUGGGUAAACGUCAAUAGAAAAAUUGAAAAUUACAAUGAAAUAAUAAAAUGUGUAUAUUACUUCGUUUUUAGUGGAUUACAUUAUUAUUUUUAAUUCCUUAAGUAAUCAUCUCAUCUCUGCUCAGGCAUUAGCAAUCAGCCAGCCAGGCCAUGUAACAUUACGUCCUCCCCAUACUAUACUGUCUUUAGUCAUCCUAUUUAGCUAGCCUGCCUAAGUAUGCUGCAGAGCUUUCUCACGAAAUCAUUUGACUAGAUCUUCAAAGUAGAUAAGGCAUACUUUCAUUAAUUGUCUCUGUCCCUCUCGUCGUUGUGUUGUGUAUAUUCCUCUCUCGUGUGGUCUAUUCAGUCUGUGUAUCUAACCUAACGUAGCAUGCGUAAAAGUGUAUCCGUCCUGAGAUCAGUAUACAAUGACGAGAUGCUAAUUUCUCCGCCCUAAUAAUGAGACAAGGCAAACGACAAGCCUAAGUCAUUCCAAGCGCAUUGCAUUCGGUUUAUUUUGGCGAGAUUUUGGCGAAAGUGAAACCUCUCGUUUGGCCUCUUCCUCUGAUCUGUUUGAGCUCGGGGGAAAACUGGCGCAAUGGAUUGUGGUCAUUGUAAUUAUUUAUGACGUUUCUGCGCUGAACUAUGUUGAAUAUUUGUUAAAUGAAAACAACUCCCUUCAACCCGGGGUCCCACAUAGUUCUUGACAUCAUUUAUUUUCUGAAUGAUUUGACUAACUAAAUGGAAUUCAAGUCAUUUAACCGACUUUGGUCCAUUAGUUGUUUAAUAACAUGGAAAAAAACGAAAUGUCAGUUAAUCGUUCAGCACUAAGGUUUUGUAGUGUGUAGUGACUUUGAAUAAGUAAUCCAUUUCACAUUGACUUGAAAUUCAGUCCCCUGGGAAAGAACUGGACAUAUUUGUUUGGGCUCUAUUUAAUCCAUAGGUCAGUGGUCAGCGUUUGAUUGAAAUUCAAAGGCAAUGUUACCGCGUUAGUGGAAAAUGCAUUCACGGUAAAUGCUGCAUAUGCCGGCUCAAUCAGAAAUUACAUUUGAAUUUCUAUUGCACACUCUGUAACGAUUCAGCGAUACAGAUUGAAUAGAGCUCUCAGACUGACUGAUAGAUGGUGCAUUCAUGAUAAUGACAUACAUUUACAACAGCUUAGUGAAGACAGAACCUAUAUAUUUUGUAUGUCUUCCAGGGUAAGGUUUUGUAAGACAGUCACUAAGUGCAAUUCACGUUAUUGAAUAGUACAAACAUGAAGAUGUCAUUUGCAAUAUAUUUAGCAUCUGAGUUGGCAUUGUUAUGUCAGCUAUUUUAUACAGUCGAGUCAUCAAACCGUGGGAUGAAUCUGUAGUUUAAAACCCAUACAUGUCCUCCACAGCUGAUAGAUAAGAAAAAUCUUCAUAAAACCCAUUACUAUUUUACAUGACUGAAUCCUUUAUUUUAUGGAUUUUAUUUGGUUUCUAUGGACCUACUUUUACCGGUCAAUUGUCUAUAGUCCUGUUGUCAUAACUAUUUGUCAAAAAGAGACCAAGUCUUCAUUUCAAUGUUGCCUGUUGUAGUCUAGUAUUGUCCUUUACUGAAGCUUGUAACAGUUAUUUUUUGAACUUCCUUUUACUGUAAGAUUAGUGAUGACUUCAGGGACUUUUUACAUUCGUCUUUAAUGAUUAUUUAAUGUAUUAUUCACCUUUAAAUCUCCAUUUCAUACAUAUCUAUUUUCCAUCUUUAUCCCCUCCUCAAACCCAUCCUCUUUUUUUAAAAGACCCAUCUUCAUUUUUGUUGUUUAUUUUCUUCCUAACUUUUGAUGCAUUCUUUCCUCCACGUAUUUCAGCCCUUUACUUCACCUUCAAUUUUAUUUGAAGGCAAUAGCACUUAACCUAGAUUAUGUUGCGUACAUUGAGUCAAUGACAAUCAAACUUAGUAUUUCUUUUGUAGGUUUUAAUCAUCCUGAAAAGACGGUCAAAAUAAAACCACAAUUGGUUACUGUUUCUUUA